UGAAGGAUAGCAGCCAGCUAGGGAAAUGGCUCUUAUUGCUUUCAAAUGAAUGAUUCCCCGAUUUCUUGCAUAAACCAUUGGGCUGGGAUGGUUUGUUCGGUGGCUGACUGUCAGAUAUCUACUUGAUGGAUUCCAUUGAACAUUAUUAUUAGAAUGCAACCAACUGCCUCAAUCACUGAAGACUGUUUGACAAAGUAUCACCUUGCUUGACAGAACAGGUGCUUCUUGUGAAGGAGGCCUCCAAACUGUCCUCGAUUUACUGAACUGGAAAGCAAAAUGAAGACAUCCCAGACCAUAAAUCAUGACUCUGGUUUACCUGUCGAUUUUUGACGGACGUAUAAAAUAACCACUUGAUGUUUCGGUGUGUGUCUGCAGGAUACUGACUCUUUCUUUCUCUCUCUCUCUCACACACACACACACACACUAAAGGACAACUUCUUGUAUCAAUCCAGAGUUCCCAAAGAGGACCGUCAAAAUGUUUUCGGCUCUUAAGAAGCUGGUGGGCACCGAGCCUGGCCAGCUAGGAAACAAAAGCAUUCCAGCUGGUUUGCAGUCAAUGAACCAGAGCCUACAGAGAAGGUUUGCCAAGGGAGUACAGUAUAACAUGAAGAUCAUCAUCCGUGGAGACCGGAACACGGGAAAGAGUGCCCUAUGGCACCGACUACAGGGGAAGAAGUUUCUGGAAGAGUACAUCCCCACACAAGAAAUCCAGGUCUCCAGCAUCCACUGGAACUAUAAAACGACAGACGACGUUGUCAAGGUGGAAGUUUGGGACGUGGUGGACAAAGCAGGGAAAGGCAAGAAGCGAGGAGAAAUGCUGAAAACGGAGAAUGAACCCCUGGAGAAUGAGACUGAGAUGGCUCUGGAUGCAGAGUUCCUGGAUGUGUACAAGAACUGCAAUGGAGUCAUCAUGAUGUUCGACAUCACCAAACAAUGGACAUUUGACUACAUCGUGCGGGAGCUGCCCAAAGUGCCUACCCACGUGCCUGUCUGUGUGUUGGGCAACCAGAGGGACAUGGGCGAACACCGGGUCAUCCUACCCGACGACACCCGAGAGUUCCUCUGUCACCUCAACAGGCCUCCAGGUUCUUCUUACAUCCACUACGCUGAAUCUUCCAUGAAGAAUGGCUUUGGCCUCAAGUACCUGCAUCGCUUCUUCAAUAUCCCCUUCUUACAGCUGCAGAGGGAGACCCUGCUGAGACAACUGGAGACCAACCAGCUGGACAUAGACGCUACGCUGGAGGAGCUCAAUGUUCAGCAGGAGACUGAGGACCAGAACUAUGGCAUUUUCCUGGAGAUGAUGGAAGCCAGAAACAAAGCUGGCUUCAGCUCCCCGGGGGGCCCUUCCAACGGCCAGAGCCCCUCCUCAGGCUCCCAGUCCCCCAUCGUCCCGCAGAGCGGGCCCUCUACUCCUGGGGCCUGUCCCAGCCCCUGCACCCCCCAGCAACCCCCUCUCCCACCCCAGCCCCUAACUAUCUCCAACCCUAUCCCCAGGUCAGUUCAGGGUCCCCCCUCCUACACCAACCCUAACCUUAACCCCUGUCCCCCUCUCCAGAACACUGCACUCCCUAGGGGUCCAGGUUACCCACAGCAGCCCCCGGCCCCCCAGCCGCUGCCCCCAACCCCUCAGGGGCUCCACCAUGGGGGAACCACACCUGUCCCGACCCCCCAGUCACCCAGUGUCACCCAGGCCCCCCCUGCCCAGAAGAGAGGCUUCAUGUCGCGCCUCUUUGGAUCAGCCACCUCUGAGACUCCCGCUGAUGGCACAGACGAGAAGGUUAGGAAUGUGGAUGACUUUGUUCCCGAUGUGGGCACGCCCCGUAGCUUCCCGGAGGAGGGGGCUGCUGCCAAAGCCAAGGAGAAAGCUGGAAGAGCAGGCAACAUGGACAGUGACAGUGACGGUGAGGGCCGAGGGGGGAACCCCAUGGUGUCAGGGUUCCAGGACGAUUUUGCCCCAGAUGAGAUGUGCCAGUCUGUGCCCAAAUCUGUGCCCAAGGCAGCCACCGUCCCCAGCAUGGGCAUCACCCUGACCAGCGAUGAAGAAGAUGAGGGGACGAAGGCACUUAACGUCGUCCAGGACGGUGGAUUGGACAGAAGGAGAUCCUCCAACGCUUUGAAGACUCAAAACAAGACCGGAGAAGCCAAGAAACCAGCGGGCUUAAAGAUGUCGUCCGAGCCCGUCUCAUUCCUGAACCCGACCCUAGCCCCGCUGCAGUCCAUGCGGGCAGGCAAGAAGAAGGGAGGGGAUGAAUCCUCCCACUCAGACCAAGAAGCUCCAGGGGACGAUCAGAUGCUCUCCUUCGUCAUGGACGAACCAGACUAUGAGGACGAGGAGUUUGAGAAGCCCAAGAAAAAGAAGGAGCCUUCGGCUGUACUGGAGGACCUGAAGCUGGUCCAGCCCUCUGUCCUCCCCAUCAAGAGCGACGACCUGGACCUGUUUGGACUGGGAUUCCAGGAUGUGGCGCCCAAGAGCAAGGAAAGCAGUGAGGACCAAGAUGACCGAGAAAGUAGAUCCUCAACAAAGGACAAGAAGAAGAAGAAGAAGAAAAGCAAAGAGGAGGACGACAAAAGCAGCAAGAAACGACACAAACAGAAGAAAAAGGAGGAGUCAGGGAGCGGGGACGAGAAAGAGAAGAAAAAGAAGAAGUCAAAGUCGACCAAGAAAGCCGGAGGCGUGGUUGACGACCUGGAGUCUUUCCUCGCCGGAGACGUAGACUACGAGGAGAUGUAGAAUAUCCCCCCCAGCAUCCAAUCAGGACUACGUUCUACUUCAGCGUUCUAGGGUCAGGAUGUAGCCAUGAAGACGAGAGAAUGCGUUGACUGACUGGCUGAGUGAUCGAAGACUGCAAUUCUCAUUGGGUGAUAGUUAUUUCCCACUUCCUGACGUUGUGGUGCCUCUACAGUGGUUAGAUUUUGAUCAUUUGUGAUUGACAUUGACGUUGUUUGUUUUGCUUACCCUUUUACUGUACAUGCAACACUACCGUCAUACAACAACACUACUGCAAAACUGUAGCUGGUAUAUCCAGGUUUUGAGUUUACGCUCAGAGGACAAAACCACCAUUACUUUGAUGUUUCCACGGUCGAAUACACUUGGGUACACUCACUGCAAUGUCUUUGCUAUUCCAUUAGUCUUUUUCCAUUGGGCCUGCUUUCUGGGAAAGGCUUUAGAGCUGACCCUACUAUGGAGUUGUGACUUUCUAUAUGGGAGCGCUCUCCUUUACACUGCCCAGUGUUCAGGAGUCGGGGGACGUGUGUGCAUUCAUUAUGAAUUAUGUUGAACAUUGCUUCAGCAGCGAUAUAAAUGUUAUUUAUGUUUAUCUGGUGUUGGCUUUUCGAACUACAACUAUGUCUAGGUACAGUAGGAGUUUGUGAGUGUUUACUAAACAAGACAUUUUGGGAGUUUCUCUGAACUGAUUCAGCAAAUUUCACUGUGCAUGAUCAUUUUGUUUUGGUUUGAUGUCAAUGCCUUAAGGAAAGCUUUACUUUAACACUGGAAAGGGUUAUUUCAACACUGGAAAGGGUUACUUCAACACUGGAAAGGGUUACUUUAACACUGGAAAGGGUUAUUUCAACACUGGAAAGGGUUACUUCAACACUGGAAAGGGUUACUUUAACACUGGAAAGGGUUACUUUAACACUGGAAAGGGUUACUUUAACACUGGAAAGGGUUACUUCAACACUGGAAAGGGUUACUUUAACACUGGAAAGGGUUACUUUAACACUGGAAAGGGUUACUUUAACACUGGAAAGGGUUACUUUAACACUGGAAAGGGUUACUUUAACACUGGAAAGUGGUGAUAUGAAUGCCUUUUAGUAGUAGAGAUCUGAUUGUUCAAUGAUGCCGUCAUUCUGGCAAAACACAAUGCAAGGGAAGCCAAGAUACAAUGUUUUUUUUUUUCAACCUGCUGUUCUGUUAAGUCAUGUUGUUUUUACUAUGGGGCAGUUGUACAAUGUCAUUUGAUGUUUUUUCUAAUUUCUUCCAUUAACCAAAUGAUGUGUUUCAUGAGGCAUGUUUUAAUAUUUCCGUGGUUACCUGUAACUUUUACACUAGUUUGCUUGGAUCCUAUUUCUUGAUGUUGCUGAGCACCAUGUGGGAUGGUUUUGCUGUGUAGAGUGAUAUCUCAUAGCCCUUACUGAACUUGUGUACUUUACUGUAGGGGAGUGUGGAAGUCUGCUAGUCAGUCAUAACUACACACUACUGUCUAUCUACACUCCGAUCCAGGGGAUGUUUACAACAAAGUAAAUGGCCUAAAGCUAUUCAUUCCACCUUAAGUCCCCUUAGAAAGAAUUGACAAAAUAUCAGGAAUGUAUUUAGAUAUCAUACAAGUAUGCAUUGUUACCAUUCCAUAUUUAUUUUGAAAUAUUAAGAAAAUAUUUUUGGACAUUAAACAAAUCCCAUGUUAAUAUAUCCAUUAAAGAAAAGUAUAUGCACAAA